GAAUGAGUUCAAUCAGUCUGAAUAUAGCGCAACCAGUUCACAUCAAGUUGGUUUUUACGAGCUGAAAUUCUGUCACUGAAAUCUUUAGCUGAAAACCUCAAACCUUCUAUCUUGAUUUGUUCUGUCUUUAUCUUUUGAUUGACAGUCAAGUUACUCGAGUACCCUUGAUUUUUAUUGAUAUCACUUAUUUCUGCGUUAAAAAUCCCUCUUGAAUGUGAAAGGUAAGUUGAAAGCUGAAUGAAAUGGAGUCGCCUUUGAACGUGGACCUGGAACACCCUCUUCCUGAAGAUAUCCGCAACAUGGACAGAGAUGACACUGUGUGCAAGUUCUGUGGGGUGUCCUACUUCAUACAUCAUGAGAUCAAACAGCUACAGACUGAAAUAGCAGAACUGAAGAAAGAAUUGGCGCUUCGUGAAAACGUGAAAUCAGAAAAUGAUCAUCUGAAAACUGAAUCCAAAACAUUAAACCAAAAGUUGACUGAAUGCAAAAGUCAGCUCUCAAUGAAUAAGGAGAAUUUUGAUAUACUAGAGGCAAAACUAGCGGAGGAGCAGACCAAAAUAGAGAAAGGCGAAAAGGAGUUGAACGCGAAAAACAAAGAAAUUGAGAAUCUCCUAAGUGAACUUCAAUCUCUCAGGGAGAAAAACUCGUCAAUUGUCAAAUUAAUCCCGGCUAUAGCACAACAAUGUCAAAGGCUUAGAUCCAACCACUCCGAUGUUAGAAUGCAAAUCGCCGGACUAAACAGCGAGAUGUCUCCUCUUUUUCAAAGCUUGAAAUCUCAUAUGCAGAAAACUGAAACUGCCUCAAUUCAAGAAAUCGACAGAUUAAAACGCGAUAAGACGGAUUAUGUGGGUCAAUUGGCGAAGCUAACCGAACAGCUGGAAGAAAGGAACGUGCAAUGUACUAAAUUGACCUCUGACAAUGACGAGUUGCUAGGAUUGGAAAAAGCAUAUGCCCAGCUUAAAGCUAUGUAUGCCGAAUCCCAGCUGCAGAAAACGGAAAUGGACCAAAUUGUAGCUGAGAAAAACGAGGAGCUGCGACGGAAAGCAUUUGAAACGGCUCAGUAUCAGCAACUCAGCAGCAGCAAAGAUAGUGAAAUGGAAACGCUCAAAAAACAAUUGGAGAACAACUCGGCUAGCUUGCAGAAAUCCCUUCAAUGGUACAAGGACGAGGUAGCUGCAAAGAACAGUUCCAUAGCAGAUUUGGAGGUCGAUAUCGCCCGACUGCGAGACCAAAUGACAAAGAAUGAAGCACUGUCGAAUAGGAAGUUCGCAGAGACCGAGCAGGCUAUAACGGACUAUGAGAAAAUCAAAGAAGCAUUUAUCAUAGCUAAGAGUGAAAACGAGAGCUUACGUCAGGAGAGAGAGGUGUUGAUCGCUGCGCACCAGAGAAGAUUAGAAGAACUGCAGGAGAACUUCCGCCAGCGACUUAACUCGGGAGGGACUGACUUUGAAGCCAAGCUAAAGGAGAGUUUGCUGAACGAACGAGAGAAGUUUGCGAGACAGAAGCAGAUGAUUUUGGACUCAAUGGCCGAAAGUCAUAAAAUUGAGCUUGACAUUGAACGGCAGAAAUUCAAUGAGCUUCAAGGAAAUCAGAGCAAAAUAGUUGAAGCUACAAGAAAUGAGAUGAUCUCAUACGCCCGAGAGGAAGCAAAAGCCUUGCAAGCUACCAUAUCUAGUCUAAAGAGAGAUCUGCAGGUCACAAAAAGUAGCUGUGAUGAGAAACUGGAAUCGAAGCACAGAGACUUAGAAUUGGUCACCCAGAGGCUAAGAGCGGCAGAAGAGAAGUUGAACGAACAACAGAGUAUGGAACACAAACUUAGCGCGGAUGAGGCGAACAAAUUAGAAGACGUGCUGAGGGAAAAUGAAGUUCUGGGCGGAGAAAGAAAUCAGUUGAAGUCGAAACUGGAAGAAGCUCUAUCUGAAGUGAAAAGCUUACAAGACACCGUGCGACGAGAAUGCGAAGAGCGCUUUGAGUUGACCGAAGCAUUAUCAGAUGCGAGAGAGACGCUACUGAAAAACCAUCUGAUUAAUGGAGAUAGAACCAACUCAAACGCCCAGAUGGUAAACAAACACACCAUGCACAAUGGGUCGACACGGUUACCCGAACUCAACCAGUUUUCGUUCAACAAUGAUGCCUCUCAAAACGGAUAUCACAUGAAUGGAAACGAUAAAAUAAGGACCGAUUUGCCCCCUAAAGCACCGAUGAUAUCAUCGCGCUCUCAGCAAAUGCAGUAUACAAAAGAACCCACUCCGCCACAGCCCGAAAGCAGAGACGGCUCCUCACAUCGCAGUUUCCCCCGAAAGGGAUCGACUCAAAGUCGAGCAAGUGUAUCUUCACACCAUUCAGUAGCAUCGCAGCCCCAAGAUAGAACUAUGGCACUAUAUCGCGCGGCUAAAUUGCAAAGCAAUAGAAGCACUAGCUCCUCAAACUCUCAGAGUGAAUGCAAACCAGGAUCGAACAACUCUAAUGGUGCUAAAAACGAGUUUAAAACUAUGCUUAACUUGGCUAUGCGAAGAGGCAGCUCUCAGUAGUGUUUUUGUUCGAAAUCUCAAAGAGAUUUUCAGAGAAUAAGUGUUUUGUUACACUACAAUGAUAACUUGCCAUAUCUGACUUUCUUGAUUGUUUCUGGGGCCUUAAAUAGUUACCACUUUAAAAAGUUUCUUUCUUCAAAAUUGAAAAUUGUAAAUAUGUAAAUAAUGAGUCGAUUUCAAAAUUACGCUUGUGUGAGCGAAUCAAGAAGUUGUGUUAAUUAGCU